AUGUCCACAAGGCCGAAAAAGUCGUGGGCUACUAUCAAUAUCGACGUGCUUUGCGAUUUGGCAAGUAAUUUGCGUCAAGGGCUGCCUUGCACUUGUGAGAUGCCGCGGAAUCCGUCAGGUGGGAGCUUCAACUGGGUGAUCUUCUUGCGUUUUGAAGACGGUGUUGAAUGGGUGUUGCGAUCUCCACAUGGCAUCUUUCAAGAGCCGGAUAUGGACUCGAAACUCAUCGAAAGCGAAGUUGCAACUUUGCGGCAUGUGAGAAGAAAGACGACCAUUCCAGUGCCAGAAGUCUUCCGUUGCAGCUCUUCCAAGAAAAAUCCCCUUGGGAUUCCCUACAUUUUAAUGAGCAAGGCUAGCGGUUCCUCUCCGGAGAAUUGGGAUGAGCUACCGGAAAAGAUCAAAAGAAAGAUUCUGUUCCAACUAGGAGGAGUAACCCAGCAACUAUCGCAGCUUCGUUUUGAUAAGAUUGGAUCUUUGAUUGAGACUCUGAGAGGUCUCGAGGUCGGCGAGUGUUUAGAUUAUGGCUUGUUCCAGUCCCGGGCCAAAUACGGAGUGGUCCAGGACUGCUUUAUCGCACCUAUGCCGAUGCCAGCAGAAUACCAAAACAAUACUGACUUUACGGAAGUAAGAGGACUUUGGAGUGCAUUCAUCCAUGUGGGACUCAAAGGUGACAACUCGUACAACAGGACCGAUUUAGUCGUGGCCGGCGACCUGAUGCUGGAAUGUAUCGGGGAGUUGACUAAAUGUUCGCCUCGCGUGACAGAUGGCCAAGGUCGAUUUCCUAUAUACCACCCUGAUCUGUCGGCCAAUAAUUUCUUUGUUGAUGAUCAGUACAACAUCACCUGCGUUCUCGACUGGUCGUUUGCUUCCACGGCGCCGAUGUCUGUGCUUGUCAAUGCUCUUGAAGUGCCAGCAUCUCGAUCUAUCAUAGAUGAGUCACUGAUCACCUCCUUUGCUGAAGGUCUUGGCCACGGGUCAGACGAAACGUCCAUUCCCGUCUAUCCAACGAGGGGCAUUUGGCUGCUCAUGCGGCUCCUGAAAUGGUGGCUUCUCUACUCUGGCAACAGUUGUGCCGAGAUUUGGGCGCAGGUCAGACCAACGCCUGAAGAUUUUCAAACUGCCUUGUCAUCAAAACAAGCCUUAAAGGAAUACCAAACCCUCCGCAACGAGCUGGCUCUCGACGAUCCGACAGCUGAGGAAAUCUACCCUUACGAGAGCUACUAUUACAAGCCGAGCCAUCCUGCAGCAAUGGAUAACAAGGUGAUUCUGACGAUAGUGAGGCAUUUGGAAAUGGUCUCGGAGUGGAAUUCUCGAUAUAGCAGUACACCUGCACGCUACAGUCUCCGCAAGAACAGUCCACUGUUCAAGGCAGAUGCAAAGCUGUGGAAAUGGAUACUCGGAUGCAUUGCGGACAAAAUAGAGCCGGCAAGAAAAGCUGCAAUGGUUUCAUCACGGAGGGAGUAG